ACUACGACCUAGGUUACUCUAUCCAUCAAUGCAACCUCAUUAAAAAAGUUUUAUUACUCGCUCCUUACGAACUGAAGGGUUACUAAAAGAAACGCCUAUCAAAACUAAAAAUCAAUUAAACUCUGGGGCCACCAAUUCGCUCGUGUUUCUAUAGGUUCUUGGCACCGCUCCGUUUAUGUUCACACGGCGUGGUUCUCACGCACACCCCGUUCACCUGGCGACGGUAUCGCUCCGCCACGCCACUUGUUAAAGAGUCGAAGCUUAGCAAUGUUCACACACAUUGUUGCGGAUGCGAAAAAAAUCGCCAACCAAGCUAGAAAUUUAACGAAGAACAAAGAAGCGCACAGAUGGAUCGUUCAAUUAUCAAGACCAUUGGCGGAUGUAAUCGAUUUGAUAAACGAGAACGUUGCUGCAAUUCAUAAGAAAAGUCAAUUUUUGGAGAAUUGUGUAUUGAAAGAGAAAAUCGAGGAGAAUUUAUUUGUGCCCAAGAUUUGUCUUCAAUUGAACGAGUUAAAACAACCCAUCACUGUUUGUACAAGUGCUCAGUGUUGUGAAUUUUAUUCAGAAAAUAAUAAAAAACAACAUUAUUAUAAACAAAAAUGUCACGAUCCUUGCUCUUUAACUAACAUUCCUGGAGAUAUAAUCGGCUCCCCAGAAUUAAUGUAUUGCGCUGCAAUGAACGCGCAUUAUUACUGCAAAAAAUGUUCAUGUCAUUUUUCUAAACAUAUGCACGUUUUAUAUCUUACACGAAAAACGGAACAACAAAUUCGUGAUAUAGAACUGGAAGGAAAUUACAACGAGAAAAGACAGGUGUUUUUGGAAAGGUUGCAUGAAAAUGCUACGGAAUAUCAAGCAGAAGGGGAGUUUAUUGUGAAGAUUAUGGCGAAGUUUUCGCAUUUUUUAAAACAACACGGGUAUAGCUCAGAUAAUGAUGCGUACGAAAAAUAUUUAUUAUACUUAAUUGGAAGAGAAGUUAAAUAUGGGCCAGAUUCAGAUUUAGACCUAAUAAAACACUACAAAUCCAUGUUGAAAGAUUACAGAGAAGAAAAGAUUAAUUUAGAUAAAUUUCUUUCAUCAAACAACGAUGAUAAAUGCGCUGUAAGCUCGGAGGAAAUUUUUACAUCGGUUGAAAAAUUAUUUCAAUUAAAACACACUGGGCAACAAUUAAAAGAUUUACACGAAGUCCAACUUAAAUGUACCAAUAUGAAUGAGAAGGAUCGUGUUGGUGGAUCUUCAUCGGGUCGAAAUUCAAAAAAGGCAACUUUGUAGAUUUCCUAGAUUUACAAAAUAUUUAAUAAAAUGAGUAGGAAUAAAAAGAAAGGUGUUUUACUUACUUGAUAUGAUUGUUUUUAUUCGAUUAUAAAAUAAAAUUAUUAAAAACCA